CCUCCCAAAACACAGCGCAAAACUCGCUGUGUUACUCGCCACGCUUUCCUCUAAUCUCGCGCUUCACACCAAUCGCUUCAGGGGAAAAAAUCAAUUUUGAAUAGGGAGAAAACACCAAGAAACGAAGAGGAACUCCAUAAGAAGGCGCCAAAUCUCCAUUUCUCUUCCACUUGCAUCCAUUUUUCUCUUCCCUCGAAGGCUUGAUCGCACGCGAAGAGGAGGAAAACGAGCGGCAAUUUAAGGAGGAUGGUGGUGGUCGACAACCUGAGCCAGUGCGCGCGGGCGGCGGAGGCGGCGGGGCCGCGGAUCCCCAAGGAGGCGCGGCGGCUGCUGCACGAGUUGGCGGCGGCGUGGGCGGACGUGGCGGACUGCCGCGCGCUGGAGGUCCUGCCGCUCAAGGGCGCCAUGACCAACGAGGUCUACCAGGUGCAGUGGCUCACCGGCUUCCCCGGCCCCGACGGCGAGGCGGAGCGCAGGGGGGAGCGGGAGGUGAGGAAGGUGCUCGUGCGGAUAUACGGCGACGGCGCGGACCUCUUCUUCGAUCGCGAGGACGAGGUGCGCACCUUCGAGUGCAUGUCCCGCCACGGCCAGGGACCCCGCCUCCUCGGCCGCUUCCCCAACGGCCGCGUCGAGGAGUUCAUCCACGCAAGGACACUGUCAGCUGCCGACCUUCGCGAUCCUGAGAUUUCAGCUCUUGUAGCUUCCAAACUGAGGGAAUUCCACAACCUUGACAUGCCUGGUCCCAAAUUUGUGCUCAUUUGGGACAGACUGAGGAACUGGCUCAAAACUGCUAAGAACUUGUGCCCACCUGAGGAAGCCAAGGAACUUCGCUUGGACAGCCUGGAGAACGAGAUUACUUCAUUGGAGAAAGAAUUUUCAGGUGAUUACCACUGGGUUGGUUUUUGCCACAACGAUCUUCAGUAUGGCAACAUCAUGAUUGAUGAAGUGACCAACAUGCUGACAAUCAUUGAUUACGAGUAUGCAAGCUUCAACCCAGUUGCGUACGACAUUGCUAACCAUUUCUGCGAGAUGGCGGCUGACUAUCAUUCAGCAAAGCCUCAUAUACUGGACUAUAACAAAUAUCCAGAUAUUGAUGAGCAGAAACGUUUCGUGAAGACCUAUCUGAGCACUUCUGGUGACGAACCUGAUGCGGAAGAGGUGGAGAACCUGCUCCAAAGCAUCGAGAAGUGCAUGCUCGCCAGUCAUCUAGUGUGGGGCCUCUGGGGAAUAAUUUCGGAUCAUGUCAACGACAUUGACUUCGACUACAAGGAGUAUGCGAGGCAGAGAUUCGAUCAGUACUGGCAGAAGAAGCCUGCAAUCUUAACUUGAUAAAUAUGUGAAUAAGCACCCAUGGCCUCAGGAGCUCCCCGAGGGCCUGUGCUGCACACACAGAUUGUGCAAUGUCACUGACAAAGAGAGAAGCUGUGAAAGAAGAAGAUAAUGAUGAGGACGAAGGACCCCGUUUCGGGAUCAGGGAGCUCUUAUUCCGAAACUUGAUUAGCUUCGGAUUCAGGAAGGAAGAAGCUAUGGGGCUUUGGUUGUUCGUUUGUACGGAGUAUGAAUGCAACGAAAGAUAAAGCCUCAGGGUUGCGUGCUGUAUGUGCAGUUUAGCCAGCACUGCGUGGGCCGUGGGUCGUGGUGCUGUUGCCGUUGUGUUUUUAGUUUAUGUAUGCUUGGUGGUAAUAUAGUGGGCUUGGCUUUGUGCUUGGAGAGUCCUAGCCUUGUGACAAUGCAUCUUUUGUAUACUACGUACAUGACUACACAGAAACGUCCUAUGCUGUUUCUUCGUUUUUGGUAAUAAGAUGAGGUUGUUACUUGUUGGUAUUUGUAA